AGGCUCUAUUGCGAGAAGUACCUAAAAAAUUAGUCUCUUAGAAAGAAAGAAAAGAGAACUUUAUUAUACACAAUAUACAGGAUAUUAAGAUUUUAAUUUAAAUCUUCAACGUUACCGCCUCAAUGAUCUAACAAUGCAUUUCAUUACCUCAAUUUCACGCCUCAAUCCACCACGGCUUGCCAUUUCAAUGCAGUCGCAACAAAUGACCUACACGGUAAAUAUGAUACUUAAAAUAUUUUUAAUUGUCACGUGCGAAUUAUUAAUGACUUAUGGAAACUCAAGAAUCAUUACGCUGCGUAAUUUAGAUUUUAAAACAAAUGGUGUACCUCAACAACUAAAAAUAGAUGAAACGCCUCAUGUUAAUUUGACUGAAAAACCUGAAGAUCAAGCUUCUAGUAAGUCUCAAGAAGUUUCCAUAAAGGAUAUAAGUGAAGAGGUGAGUCGAAAAGAAAAUGAUUUACAUGAUGAUGCUAUCCAACAAGAUUUAAAUGAUAUUGACACUGUUAUACAACCAGAAGUUACAAGAGUCAACAGUGGGCCAAGUGACGCACAGAACUUGGAAAAAAUAAAAUUUAUGUUAAAGGAAAUAAAGAAAAUGUUGAAAAAAGAAACGAAACAGACGGGAGUAGAAAAUGAUUAUUUCAAAUCGUACGUGCCGAUAAGUGAAGAUGUCGACAAUCCAGAGCCUCGAGGUAUGGCAAGGACCUCCAUCAAUUUUGUGGAUGGAUUGAAUCUUAUUAAUAGAGGCAGGAAGAUACACGAUAUUGUCUAGACUAUUAUUAUGUAUUAAUAAUGAUAAUUACA